AUGACUGAGACAGAUGCCGACAAAAGAAUAGGGGGAAAAAGUGCCAAUAGAUCAGUGGGAAAUGCAGCAGAUGUAUUGACGCAUACUGUUGCUUAUAAUGAGUCCAUAGGAAGCAACGAUACUGACGACGACUACGAUCUUAGUGAAGAGGACAAUUCCAAUGAAGAAGGUAUUUUUCAUAAGCAAAGUAGCCACCCUAUUCAUUUCACAGCUUCAUUAUCUGAUCAUGCAGAAUACAUCACGAAUAACCUUGUGGAUGCUUUAGAUUCACAAGGAUUGGACGAGUCUUUAGUGCUUCAAGCCAAAAUAAGCGGCCGUCUUAAUAACGAAAACCAAAAAGUCAUCGAAAGAAGGAAAGAACUUAAUGAAAGACUUAAAUCAAUACUGUCUUUAUAUAAAAAGAACUUCACUCAUUCAGAGCGGAACCUGAAAUCGAACUUGACUAGCAUGACCAGAGUUCAAAAAUUGAAGCAUGACAUUGAUGAACUCGAAAGCAGAAUAGAAAAACUUAAGAACGGCUCUUCAAAAAGUUUCAGAAUUUUCAAACUGCAAUACGACGGUAUUUCGAAGUCAUAUCCGGUGGAGUACAAUCAAUCUAAGGAUAAAAUUUUAGAAAGGCAAAUCGAUGAACUAUGA